CAGAGCUCGCGCUGCGCUGACCGAAGAGCACACAGGUUACUACACUGGACAAGUUUUAUAUUUAAACCCGCAGGAAAGUUUCUCUGACCGCCGGACCGGACUGACCAGAGAGAGAGAGAGAGAGCGAGAGAGAGAGAGAGAGAGAGAGAGAGAGAGAGAGAGAGAGCUGCUGGACACGCGGACACUGAAAGAGUUCCAGCCCAGUGUGGAGAGGAAACGAGACAAAACCUCCAUCAAUCAAGGUGUCCUGGAGUCGGACAGGUCACUCCAAGCCGGGCUCCAAAGAACCAGAUACAGCUAUCAGAAAACAAACAGCCAGACACUUUGUGUUUCUAAGCCAGGAUGACCUUCUCAGAGAGGAGGAAGUUCUUUCAGAGUUAGAAGAGAUUGUGGAAGGGGGGAAGAAAGGCAUAUUCAGAGUUAACUGGAACUUUCUAUUUCUGCUGCUCUGCGGCGUGGGGAACAUCUCAUUUGGGACGGCUUUUUGGAAGGAAGCAAAAGGAUUUCCCCGUGCCCUGCCCAUUUAUUCCAGUGGCUGUAUAAAUACUGCAUGGAGAUAUCAAUUUAUUCUCCUUCCAGAAGUGUCCAAAUUGCAGAGUAAGACUGUACGACAUGGAUGCUGGUCAUACUUACUCUCUCAGUUAGAUGUAGGUCACGUAUUUGUGUCAAACCAAAGCUGGUCUUUGCUAAAAACUGACAGAUAGGGUAACCUAGUAGUCCUAUAUACCUUAAUUCAUAGUAGUAACUGGAUUAUAAGCCUUAAGCUCAGCAUUAAAUUCCUGCUUAGGACGUCCUGUUUAGCUGUGGAACAAGACUGACUCCCAUUUGGAUGCCUUUUCCCACUGGGACUGUCCACGAUGAAGCCACUAACGCCCAUUGGGUCGCCCUCGCCCCUGCGGCUCCUCAACAAGGGUCCGGACUACCUACGGCGACAGAUGGACAGCGGGAGUCGGGGUGGUCACUCCAUCAGCGCUGUGGAGCGUCUGGAGGCUGACAAGGCCAAAUACGUGAAGAGCCAGCAGGUGAUCAACACCAAGCAGGAGCCCGCACUGGUGCCCUGUGGAACACCACCACCGCCGCCCCGCCGUAACUUCACCACACCGGUGACCUCCACUCCCGUCCUGCCACGGCGGCCUCUGGUCAGCGCAAUGCCUGCUCUACCCAGGGUUCCAGCACCCUCAGUCCGCGAUGACAACGAGGACGACUCUAGGAAGGAGAACCUGCGAGACCUGGAGACGCAGAAUGGCAACAACUCCAUCCGGCUCCCUCCUCUGGCCCCCAGGAGCCCCAUCAGGACACCUCUUGUGGCUCCUCACAGUGCACCCGUGCUGCGGAGGAGCACAGGAAAGCGCAUGCUACGGCCGGACUCUCUCGUCAUCUACAGACAGAAGAAAGAGUGUAAGAGUCCCAGCAAUGGUGGAACUGGUGGAAGCGUGACCUCAGAGGUGAAGGGAUACAGCUUUGUCCGGCGCCUUUUCCAGGGGUCGAUGCGUGAAAAGAGCACAAAAAUGACAAUCAGCGAGGAAAAGGGUUCAUCUCGGGAUGGUGACUCGCGCAUGUCAUGGUCCAAUGAUCGGGAUUUUUCUGACGGUGGGACAGAGACCAGGAGGUCUAGCAGGACAGCAGAAUCCAACAAUGGCAACAGUGGAUUCCUGGAGCCCUUAAAUCCAACAAUAAAUGCCCUACGUGAUGUCCCAGACAAUGGAAAUGGGAAUAGUAGAGACCCUUGGCUUCGGGCAAGCCUACGGCGCUCCGAAUCGGAUCUUCACCUUCGUGUCUCAGUGGCUCUGUCUGAGCAGGAACGCUUCUUUGAUUUCUGUGGCCUGGACCGGGACAUGGUGGACCAUCUAGGGCCUGAGAACUUCCUAUCAGGAGGCAGUUCAGCUGACACGCUCUCGCUGGCCCUCCGCAGCAUAGGGGGCGGAUCUGAGCCCAGCGAGUUCUCCCGCCACUCAGGGGACGGGCUGGUCCAGGAGGAGGUCACCGAGCAGGCGCCCUCGGGUGUGUCCAUCAUCGAGAGGAACGCCCGAGUGAUCAAGUGGCUCUACGGCUGCAAGAACGCAGCGCGGGAAGCACCUAAAGGUCCGAAAGAGUCGACCGUGUAGCCACAAACAAGACGGACCUCUGACUCCUGUUCAAGGACUAAACGCAUGACGCAGGGUUGUCAUACUUCUGAGAAGCUAAUAUGCUGUAUUUAUUUUAUUUUGGGAAUUUCUGUUUGUGAGAGAUUUGUUCAGCAAUUACGGGUCCUUAAUGUAGUAGUUUGGUCAACAAUUAAAUUACACGUUUUCCUUCCUUAAAAGGGGCAUUCUGGCCUAAAAAGUUGGUUAUUUGUUGUCCAGGGCAGCAUUCAGUAGUGCUGUAUUGUAGCCCUGAUAGUCAUCAGUGUCACAGCAUUUAUCAUUUUUAGGUUUUCGUUCGUCUCUCACUACAAUAAACUGCAUACCUUACACAAAUACAUCAUACAACCAUUGGGUAUCCCUGUGGCGUCAACUAAUUCAAAGUGCUAGCCUAGCCACUGAUCUGCAGGCUAAUACAUACAGCCAUGCUAGUAUUAGUCUAACUCAGUCAUUGAACAAAAUCGUAAAGGAAGUUGCGUCGGACGGUAUCCACCCCAAAAAGUUCUUGCCACCUUCAAGAUACAUCAUCAGAUGGGUUUUUUUCUAGUAUUUAAACUGGAAAAAGCUCACUUUAGAGACUACUGUGGCACCACUGUAGGAGGACAGUAGACAUGUUUACAACAGAUGUGAUAUGGACCAUAUUUGUUCUUUUGGCCGGAGUGUCCCUUUAACUCUUUUUAACUUAACCAAGACAUGUUUGGUGUCUGAAGUUGUUCGAUAGUUUUGCACUGGAGCUGAGGCUAAUGUAGCUAACAUGUAGUAGAAACUCACUACUUAGCAUCUGGCAAACUGCUUGCUUCAUCACUUAAACGCUUAACUUAAACCGCAUUGAGUUGUUAAGUAGUUAUAAAAAGCUUAUCUUAUCUGGUUUCUGACACUGCAUGACACAUAAAAUGGACAAAAGGAUUUCAAAUAGUUUUCUCUGUUCCUUUGUCCAGUACUUCCUAGCUACGUUAGCCUCGUAGCCCCAGGGCAGAACAAAAGAAGCAAACUUCAGUCACCAAAUAUGUCUUGGCUGCUCAACUACAUUCUGGCUAAGAGGGAAAACUGUGUAAAUGUAAUAUUUUGCAGAACAGUUCUUUAAGGAUGAUAAAUGACAGAUAUUUUUUCAUAUUUGUGCAGUGAGCUGUUUUCCCUGUCAAGAUAAGGCUGUCAUUUAGCAUUUCCCCGUCUGUAACCUGGUCAUCUCUUUA